CGCUGCGCAGGCGCGGUGUGGCGGGAGGCGGGCGCGGGGCCGCAGCGACGCCGUUUGAAUGAGGAGAGGGGAGGCGGUUGGACAAAAUGGCGUCCGCCUUGGAGCAGUUUGUCAACAGCGUGAGGCAGCUCUCCUCGCAGGGCCAAAUGACUCAGCUAUGUGACCUCAUUAACAAGAGCGGAGAGCUGCUGGCUAAAAACCUCUCUCAUUUGGAUACAGUGCUAGGUGCGUUGGAUGUGCAGGAACAUUCUCUGGGAGUCUUGGCAGUAUUGUAUGUGAAAUUUUCUAUGCCCAGUAUCCCAGAUUUUGAGACGUUAUUCUCCCAAGUUCAGCUUUUUAUUAGUACUUGUAAUGGUGAACAUAUCAGAUAUGCAACAGACACCUUUGCAGGUCUUUGCCAUCAGUUGACAAAUUCUUUAGUAGAAAGAAAACAGCCACUGCGAGGCAUAAGCAUUCUGAAACAGGCCAUAGACAAGAUGCAGAUGAAUACAAACCAACUUACCUCAGUUCAUGCUGAUCUCUGCCAGCUUUGUCUCCUUGCGAAAUGCUUUAACCCAGCAAUUUCCUACUUGGAGGUGGAUAUGACUGAUAUUUGUAAAGAAAAUGGAGCUUAUGACGCCAAGCACUUUUUAUGUUAUUACUAUUAUGGUGGUAUGAUCUAUACAGGACUCAAGAACUUUGAGCGGGCACUAUAUUUCUACGAGCAGGCUAUAACAACUCCAGCCAUGGCAGUCAGUCAUAUUAUGUUGGAAUCUUAUAAAAAGUAUAUACUUGUCUCAUUGAUACUGCACGGGAAGGUUCAACAACUGCCUAAGUACACGUCACAGAUAGUUGGAAGAUUCAUUAAGCCCCUUAGUAAUGCCUAUCAUGAAUUAGCACAAGUGUAUGCAACAAAUAACCCAGCAGAACUUCGAAAUGUUGUGAACAAACACAAUGAAACAUUCACAAGAGAUAAUAACAUGGGACUGGUCAAACAAUGCCUGUCCUCUCUUUAUAAAAAGAACAUUCAAAGAUUAACAAAGACGUUCUUAACGUUGUCCUUGCAAGACAUGGCUAGUAGAGUACAAUUAUCAGGCGCUCAGGAAGCGGAGAAGUACGUACUUCACAUGAUAGAUGAUGGGGAAAUCUACGCUAGUAUUAAUCAGAGGGAUGGUAUGGUUAGUUUCCAUGACAACCCAGAGAAAUACAAUAACCCAGCCAUGCUUCUAAAUAUUGACCACGAGAUGCAAAAAUGUAUAGAAUUAGAUGAGAAGCUGAAAGCAAUGGAUCAAGAAAUCACUGUUAAUCCACAGUUUGUACAGAAGAGCAUGGGAACACAGGAAGAUGAUGUAGGAAGCAAGGCAUCAAGUUAUUCAUAAAAUAAAUCGUGAAGACUGGGCUAGAGCAACAGCAACAAAAAGAUGCAAAUGAAGAAGGUGGAUCAGUGGGAUAAAACCCAGGAAACUGAGGGAAUGGAUUUAGCUGCAUGAACAUCAGGAAAGCAAAUCAGCUGUUUGAAGAGAGAUUCCCUCUGUUGUUAAUGCUUUCAGAACUGUUUUUCUUGGCAAAAGAAUCUAUGGGUAGGAAUAAAUCUAUCGCUGUUUUAUAUAUCAUUGUUUGAUGGUUAAACCAGAGCUGUGGUCAAUAAAACUGACCUUUGUUUCUCCA